GUCCAGAUGAUAUUAUUUUACGUGAUCAGCCAAAGAAGUAUCUCGUAACAAGUUCAAUGCUUCUACUAAAGGUGGGCGAUAUUGAAGAUGAGCUCACUGAAAGUAUACGAGAGUUACUUUUUUAAUACUGGUGACUCGGCAAGGAUAUGAUCGCACCUGCUGGUGCUACUUUGACUUUCAAAUAGAUCAUGGUGCAAAGAACAAGUAAAACUAAAACGCAGCUAUUUACUCAGCGACUCUCAACAUAUCUCCCGGCUUUUCUUUAGCAAGAAGACUUUUCUUCUUGCGUAGUAGAUCUACUACUCAUUGUCAUUAGAGCCCAUUUUCAUCUAUACUCGAACUUUAUUAUGUAGCACGACAACAUCCAACUACUUGUACUUGUCGUUGUCCCCAAGAAUUCUCAUAAAUCAGUUUCAGCUUCAUAAAUAAUUAAAAUGCCAGAAAAGAACGCGAGUAAGUCAAUCGACUCCACCAGCAAGCCGCCGCAUGGGAGGGCCGCUGCAGCAACUAAACCCGAUGUGCAGAAAGGCGGCGCUGCCUCGAGCCGACCGGGCAGCGCGGCAAGAGGAGCGAUAAAAACAGCCAUGAAAACCGCCGCGGGGAACAAAAAUAAGUUGGUCCUGCAGGACACCUAUGAACUGCAAAUAUGUCUGGGUCUGGAAGAAUGAAAGUUUGUCAUGCUUGUCUGACAUGGAUGACUCUCAAGUCUGUCAUGCACAUGACCCAAAAGGCUAGCUUGUCUGUCAUGCAAAAGCUCACUUUGUCAUGCAGAAAAGCCCUGACUGUAGCACCUCCAAAACUUGUCAUGCUUGCCAGCCAAUUGAGGCGUCCGCGUCUUUCCCAACCAGCAUCACAAGUUUCCAGACCCAGACAUAUUUGCAUUUGAUAACACCGGCGAUAUAGACAUCACCAUGAAGACCAGCGACAACGAGGGCGAGAUGAAUCAGAAGGACGAUGGUGCACCUGAGUAUGAAAUGCAAAAGUAUCGCACUCGUAUGACUGCAUUACAAAUUUCCUCAGCAUGAGAAAUGAAAUUUGUAAUGCGAAUUUACCCUAAGGAAAAGAUUUGGAAUGCAUGAUUGCAAUACGAGAACGAUACAUGAUUUGCACAGGAUACUGAGAGGCCGAAACCGAAACUGCCGAAAAUCUCCGAGCCAGUUUUUCCGCCGAAAGACAGGCUUCUACCGCUACACGUAUGCAUUGCAAAUAUGUCUGGGUCUGGAAGAAUCCAGGAGUUUGUCAUGCAGAUUUUGCAUGACCCAUGAGGUCUGUGAUGCAUGCCCUAGCCUCAAAGAUUCCGCGAGGGUUUUCUGAUGCUCAUACUGCAUGAGAAAUGCCCUCCUUGCGUAGCACAAAACGCACCUCUUCUGCUGUUCAUGCAAUAUAGAUUUUUUUAGAAUCCAAAAUCAGCAUAAGAAGUUGCAUCCUUCCAGACCCAGACACUUUUGCAGUUGAUAACACGAGGGAGAAGACGACGUGCCCAUGUGUGACGCGGUACUAUAAUCUAUGGACUAGGACUGCGACUGCUUCAUUCUUAAUCUUAUGUUGAUAAGUCUGCGUCUGCGACUGAGCCAAAGAUAACCCUGUCCUUUUCUCUUGCUGACGAAAUCAUGAAAUAAAGACGCAUCUGCUCAUCUUCAGACGAGGGCGGAUGAAAAGCUCGUCAUCUGCUGGCCGCAUUGUUCCUGUAUUGUUUCGAUUUCCAUUUUCGACGGCAACAAAGACAUCAAACUCAAUCCAAGUGCAUCAAUUACGGAAAAAUAACUCCACGACAACUAUCACAGGAUGCCCACGACAAGAAGACAGAGUCAGAAGACGCGCGCGAGGUGAAUGGUUGGUCGACAUCAUUGCAAAGACACGAGGGCUUGCUGCGAAAACCCGAAUUGAUUUCGCAGCUUCUUUAUGCAUUGCAAAACUAUCGUACUACGUAUGAAUCGCAUUACAAAUUUUUCCAGAAGCAAAAAUGGAACUUGUAAUGCUGAUUUUGCGAAGGAAGCAGGUUUGUCAUGCAGGACUGCAAUUAGUACGACUACGAUACUUUUGCACAGGAUAUUCUUUCUCGGUGGUGGUUUGUCUUCCCGCAAUGGCCACCGGCAGGUUACGACUACAAAACAGCGCUUGCGAAGAAAGGUUUGUUUGUUUUCUGGCCUAGUUUUUUAAUAUUUGCAGCAGCUGCGCGUGCGCAGCUGUAUUGAUGUGCUUCUUUCUGCAUGACCAUGAUGGAGCCGCUGCCUUGACCUAGGCUCCUCAGGCCUAUGUACUUUCAUCUUGUUGAAGGAUAGUCGUAUCACAGAGUUGCUGUGCCAGGACCACCAGAUUUAGCCGUUUUCUUGCACAAAGUAGACCACAGCUAGUAGUAUGGAUAGCGAUAAUUAUGUCAUCCAGGUUACCGUGAGGUGCCGGUGAGCACCUGGAUCAGCGCACCUUCAGUAGACGCGGACGGGCUGGCUAUCAAAUGCAAAAAUGUCUGGGUUUGGGAGAUUCCGAGACUUGUCAUGCUAGUCUUGCAUGAAUGUGAGCUCUGUAUUGCGCGGCCGCGAAGAGCUGCUACUCCCUGUCAUGCAAAAACACAGGCUCUCAUGCGGAAUACGCAACUCAGAACCAUGCAAAAAACUUAUCAUGCUUGGCAGCGCAUUACAGUGAGCUCACUAUUCCCUUCCUUGCAUCACAAAUUUCCAGACCCAGACAUAUUUGCAUUUGAUGCUGUCAAAAGUUUGGCAAUUAGGGAACUUCCCGGGGAUGUUCCGAAACGAAAACGAUCACAAAAUAAUCGACAUGCGACCCGCCAAGAGCUGCCCUUGUUUCUUGAAUCUGCAGCGACUCCCGACCUCGAAGCUGAUCGUCUUCCUCAAGCGAGCGUAUAUAGAUGGAUUUAGAUAAUUUUGACCUUCAUCAUCAUCAAUUUGCGUGAUUCAACCUGUAUUUGUAUUUUCUACAUUGUUUAUUCGUUUUUGAGUCGUGUGGUCCUUGUUCUCGUGAUGGUGUCGUGAUGCGGACACUCUCCUCCAACAUGACCAUUUUAUCACACAGGAUGAACGUGUAUAUCCUAUAUCCCAAGGACAAAAUCAAAAAGUAAAACUAACACCAGGUACGAGAAUCAGAUGCUUGUCCUUUCCCAGCUCGAGGAGAAUAAAGAAGAAAACGACAAGUUAAAAAAAGAAAUCGCCAAGGAGCUGAAAGAACUCACGGCGAAGACGAGCAAAUUUGAAAAAGACGUCACCGCGUUUUACAACAAAAAAGUGAAUACGCAUCUGAGAAAACUGUACGACUGAUGACGAUUUUGGUUUGAAGACUAGAACCUGGGGCCAGGACGACGCACCCGACAGGAAAAUUGUAAGAACUCUCAUGAUGAGAUGAAUUUUCAUCGAAAAACGAAAAUAAAAAGAUUGAAUCUUUACCUGAUAGAGCACGCAU